GCUAAACAUUUUAUUCCACAGAACUCCGGGCACGUUGGCUUAGCUAGAAACUACUUGAAAAUGUAAAAAUGUUCGAGCCGGAGCUGAAAAGGCAAACUUGCAGCAACUUUGAAGGCUCACAUAAUUAUGCGACUUGCACUACGGUCUCCUCCAGCCGUGGGUCACCUCCUCUUCCAGUUCGUCGGCCACCUGCUGCUCGUCUCAGUCUCCGCCAGUGCUCUCUACCCCCUUCCCCGAUCGGCAGAGCACCAGAACAGGGAUUGCUGCGAGGACAUGCCCCGAAACUCGAAGGAGGCAGCCACCAUCAUUGCCCAGAAGGCCGCCAAGGAGGCCAAGCUGGCCUCGGAGUCCCAGCAGCCGGCUGCAUUGGCCGCCGCCUACCAGGUGCGCGUCCAGCUGGCCGACAAGGCUGUCCAAGCGGCCAAGGCCGCAGAGGCAGCUCUGGCCGGGAAGGAGCAGAUAGUCGAACAGCUGCAGGAAGAGGUCCACGAGGCAGACAUGGUCGUCCAGGAAGAAAGCGCCUCCGUGGUAAACUCUCAGGCAAAUCUGAACGCGGCUUGCACCUCCGCGAAGCAGGCUAGACUGCUGUUGGAAACUCUCCAGAACACUAUUAAGAUCGCCGUGGUGGCACUUUCCAAUGCCGAGUCAGCAGCGAUGGGGGCCAAGGACGAGCUUUGUGAGAAAACACAAUUAGUGGAGGCGGCUCGCAGCAGAGCAGAGAUCCUCGCCCAACACUUGUGUGCUGCCAAAGCAGACUAUGCCAACACGAAAAAGGCAGCGUACAGUGCCGCAUGUGCUGCGUCCGAGGCAAGGUCAAAGGUUGACAGGGAUCGAAGAUCUUCCAAAGGGGACCACCAUAUAGCCAAUGGGUUGCAGGAGCCACAGAAGCAACGAGAACCACAACAGUGGGAGUACAACGAACAGGGCAAAGCUAUAUUUUCUAAUUAAAGACUUCUGUAAAAUAGAGGAGGUAGAUUAUUGCAACCUAGUUUCCGAUAAUAAAUGUCAAUUUCAAUGCACAAA